AUGCUGACCGUCUUCUCGGGCGCCGCCGCCACCCCGCCGUCCAAACUCGUCGUCUCGGUUCAGACACAGAAUGGCUUCUUCUCCACCGGCGACGACAUUGGCGCGUUGAACCCGCACGACUACCGGCCGAACGAGUUUGUCACCAACGACUUCAUCUUCGAGGGCCUCGUCGCGUGGGACGGCAAGAACCCGACCGGCCUGGACAAUAUCGCGGGCAACGAAGACGACUACGUCAGCCCAUCAUUGGCAAAGGAUUGGAAAACCGCCUACAACGAGACGGGCAAGUGCCGCUACGUCAUCACAUUCGACCUCCUCGAGGGCGUCACCUUCCAUGACGGCACCCCCUGGAACGCCGCCGCGGCGGUGGCUAACUUCAACCAGAUCAUGGGCGGAGUCGGCGUCCUCGGCUUCCCCAAGGCGCUGGCCGGGAUGCACGACUGGCUCGGCUUCACCCAGUACCUCGACGCGUGGGAGGCGGUCGACGAGAUGACCUUCUCGCUCACCUUCACCUCCUACUACGAGGCGGCGCUCCGCGAGCUCUCGACCAUCCGCCCCUUCCGCAUGAGCUCGGUCGCCGCCCUCCCCUCGCUGGAGCACCGCGGGAUCUCGCACGUCGCCGAAAAGAACGGCCUGCGGAACGGCGGGACGUGGCCCAACAAGUGCGCGAAGCAGGCGCACUACGUGGUGGGCAAGACCGGCAUCCCGGGCUCCACCGACCCCACGGCCGGCAGCACGGGCUGGGCGCUGACCUCUCUCGGCGUCGGCGAGAAGCUCUUCACCGUGGACCAGUUCGGCUUCAUUGUCGGCCAGGUGGCGGCGUCUGUGGCCCGCCCGGUGAGCGACAACUACAACGUCUGGACCGUGACGCUGAAGCCCAACUACCACUUCUCCGACGGCACUCGCGUCACCGCCGGGCUCGUCGCCACGUGCCUGCAGGAGCUGAACGACAAGAACUCAUCUUCGGGCAAGGCGCGGGCGUCGGUCGGAGUCAUGACGGUGACGGCCGAGAGUGAGCUCGUGGUGAAGAUCGUGUCCGAGCGCUCCACCCACAUCAUGGACUCCGUCCUCGCCGAGUGGAUCUUUACCAUCUACUACAACAAGGGGGACGAGUACAUCUUCACGGGGCCGUACGCCGUCGACAACUUCGACACGGACACUUUCCACUUGAUCCCGAACCUGUACUACCCUCUCGCGGAGCAGCGCCCCACGCUCACGAUCACCAAGUACGGCGGCAGCGGUGAACUGGCUGCGGCCGCCAUCGCCGGCACCGUCGACGUCGGCUUCCACCUUGCUGCCGACGACAUCGCGCCCGUGAACAGCGCAAAAGGUGUGAGCGUCACGUCGUUCGAGGUCGAGUACCAGUACAUGAUGUUCCACAACACCGACAAGCCGCAGCUGGCGGACGUGCGCGUGCGCGAGGCGAUCGACGUCGCGAUCAACCGCAACGCCUUUCCGACCGAGCUCCCUGACGCUCUCCCCACGCGCAGCAUGUUUCCGGAGGCCUCACCUUACUUCUCGGACGGCUCCAACAUGGCCGCGGACACGAGCGCGGCCGCUACGCUGCUGGACCAGGCAGGGUGGGCCCUCGACGGCUCCAAGCGCACCAAGGACGGUAAGGACCUCUCCAUCAAGCUGGUCGCCUACCCGCAGCGCCCGGGCCUCGUGACGUUGCAGCUGCUGAUCGCGCAGUCGCUGACGGACUUGGGCAUCAACGUGACCUCGGUCGUGACAAGCAGCGAGAGCUGGGAUGAGCUUGACGAUCUCAUGGCGGCAGGGGAGUACGACCUCCUCAUGUGGGCCCAGCACACGCUGCCGGCCGGCGAUCCCGGCUCCUUCCUCAACGGCUUCUUCCGCACCAACGCGUCCGGAAACCACGCCCACUGGAGCUCCUCCUCUGUCGACUCCAUGCUGGACGAUCUGAACGCGAUCACGGACAAGCACGCACGCGUCAACGAGACGAAGGCGAUCCAGGCGGCGAUCCUCGCCGAGGCGCCCGUGAGCAUGCUGAUGACGCCAACCUGGCACGUCAGCCUGAGCGACCGCGUGAACAGCACCUACGUCCCGUGGGGCUCCGACUACCACGUGAUCCGCGCUGACGAGUUCCUCAGCGGCUAUACCAACUGCUUCUUCUGGCGCGGCGCGACGCGUCGGCUCCCCGCCGCCGACUUCAACAAGACGUGCUUCUCUCUUGAAAAUGCCGACACGUGCGUCUACGCCGAACACGAGACGGUCUCGGAGGUGCUCUUCACCAAGUUCGAGAGCCACAGGAACAACCCGGCCUACGACAGCGUCAUCCUGCGCGCGUACCCGUCGCAAGACGCCGUCGAGGACGCCCUGCUGGACAGCUCGCUCGACGUUGCGUACGGCGUCAACACGGUCUCCUCCGAGGCCUUCCUCGCGGCCAAGACCAACGCUCGCCUCGUCGCCGAGCAGGCCCCGACCGAACUGAAUUCCCGCCACGUCGUCUUCAACAGCGGCACCAUCCUCACCAAGAACAAGCGCAAGUUUGUCAUGUGCGCCAUCGAGUCGGGCCGCGCCAAGCUGUACCAGGGCGCGCUGGCGGCGGAGACGCAGAUGGACACGCUCUUCGACCCGGCGCUGCCGCACUGCGGCGUGCUCUCCACGCUCUCGAGCUCCAAGGAGCUCUGUGAGUCCGGGACCGGCGUCACGGCCGACGACUUCGCGGACACGCCUCUGCGGGUCCUGUACCGCGCGUACGACCCGUUCGCCGUCGCGAUCGCGGACGAGGUAAUUGCCGGGCUCGACGCCAAGGGCAUCCCUAAUGAGCGCCUGGGAGCGAACGACCGCGACCAGUACAACGAGUACAACUGUGACUACACGGCCGGCUUCGAUUAUGACGGCAGCCCCAGUGAGUGCGACGACGGCGACUUUGCCUGCCUCGCCAAGCACCAUACCUGGGACCUCUCCGUCUCGCAGACCUGGGGCCCUCCCUACGACCCCACCUCGAAGCUCUGGGACAUGACGCACCGCUGGUGCAGCGCAGAGUCGGACGCGGCGGGCGUGAUGAACAUGGAGAGCAUGCCCUUCGAGGAGUUCCGCACGCACGUCCGCGCGCUUUCGACCUUGUACGACGACGACGAGCGCCAGGCGCAAUACGAUCUCGUGCUCACGACCCUCCACAACGAGGCCAUCUUCCUUCCCUACACCGCGAAGCGCCAGAUCGCGGUGCACAACGCCCGCGUCUCCAACUUCCGGUUCGGCUUCAUGGAGUUCGACUUUCCGCUCGCCAACCUCAUGCCCGGAGAUGCGAGCUUCUGGCCGGCACCCCCACCCCCGCCGCCACCGCCCGACGACGGCCUCUCCAGCGGCGAGAUUGCGGGCAUCGUGAUUGGCGCCGUCGUCGGCGCCCUCCUUCUGCUCUCCGUCAUCUUCCUCGCGGGCAAGCCCGUCUUCAAGCCAUACACGGAGGUGGUGAAGGAGUCCAACUACAACGGUGCGCCUCCCCAGACCGAGGCGGCGUAA